AUGUCGGAGGCCCAGCUCACUGUGGGUGGUGUCACCCCUAGGCAGGUCAGCGCUGCUGCCAGCUCUGAUCAGAGGCUCCUGUUGGCAGCAGGAGUGGUCGCUACAGAGACUCAUGCUGGUCAGAGUGGCAAGAACAAGAAAAGAAAAAAAAUUCAAGAUCAAGUUAACUCUGACCUGGAGGUGGCGUCUGUCUUAUUUAAAGCUGAGUGCAAUAUCCAUACAUCUCCUUCUCCUGGAAUUCAAGUAAGGCUUGUCUACACCCCCUCUACAAGACAUUUCCCAUCCAUAAAACAGUCAAAUAUCCUCACCAACAAGCACAGGGGAAAUGAAGUCUCUACCACACCUCUGUUAGCAAAUUCCUUGUCUGUUCACCAGUUGGCAGCUCAGGGAGAAAUGCUCUACUUGGCUACUCGUAUUGAACAAGAAAAUGUUAUCAAUCACACGGAUGAAGAAGGAUUCACUCCCCUGAUGUGGGCUGCGGCACACAGACAAAUGGUACAGUUCCUACUUCAGAAUGGUGCAGAUCCCCAGCUUUUAGGAAAAGGUCGAGAAAGUGCCCUGUCAUUGGCCUGCAGUAAAGGCUACACGGAUACUGUCAAAAUGCUGCUUGACUGUGGAGUUGGUGUAAAUGAGUAUGACUGGAACGCAGGGACACCUUUGCUUUCUGCUGUCCAUGGGAAUCAUGUGAAGUGUGUAAAGAUGCUGUUAGAAAAUGGAGCUGUCCCAACAACUGGAAGAGACUCUGGAUACAGCUCUAUGGAUUCAGCUGUAGCUUUGGGCUGCAGAGGUGUUCAACAGAUCAUUGAGUCACAUCUGCUGAAGCCACUUCAAAACAUCAAGGAGUGA